AUGCAAAUUUUCGUCAAGACCCUCACGGGUAAGACUAUCACCCUUGAGGUGGAGUCUUCCGACACUAUUGACAAUGUCAAGACCAAGAUCCAGGACGAGGGAAUUCCCCCAGACCAGCAGCGUCUGAUCUUCGCAGGAAAACAGCUUGAGGACGGCCGUACUCUUUCUGAUUAUAACAUUCAGAAGGAGUCCACCCUUCACCUCGUGCUCCGUCUCCGUGGUGGUGGUAAGAAGCGCAAGAAGAAGACCUACACCACCCCAAAGAAGAUCAAGCACAAGCGCAAGAAGACCAAGCUCGCUGUGCUCAAGUACUACAAGGUUGACGGCGAUGGAAAGAUCGAGCGUCUUAGACGCGAGUGCCCUACCCCCGAGUGCGGUGCCGGUAUCUUCAUGGCUGCUAUGCACAACCGUCAAUACUGCGGCAAGUGCCACCUCACCUACGUCUUCGAUGAGUCCAAGUAA